AUGAACGCCAUCGCGAGCUCCACGACCACGCUCCGCGUCGCCGCGCCCGGCGGCGCCGUCCGCGCGCGCGCCGCCGCCGCGGCGGUCGCGCCGCGGCAUCAUCAUCAACAUCGAUCGCCUCGCGUCGUCGCGGCGCCAGGUUUCUUCGCCGCGAAGCGCGCGGCGUCGAUCGUUCGCCGCGCGGAGGAGGACGCCACCGAGUCCGCGCCCGCCCCGCCGCCGCCGCCGCCGGGGGAGUCCGAGGAGGAUGUCAAGGGCGCGCAGAUGACCGCCAUCGUCACCGGCGUCGUCUCCGUCGUCCUCGCCGUGGGCUACCUCGCGCUCGUGCAGGUGAUGGACUCGAGAGAGUUUCUCCCGCCGCCGCCGGAGGCGAUGGGGAACGGCGAGUGGAGCUCGACGAAGGGGUUGUGA